UCUUUGGAUCGCAGCCGCACAGUGGUGCAGCUGUGGCCGGUCCCAGAGCCCAGGCCACCUGAUUCCCUCCUCCACUGUCUUGUCUCUGCGCUUCCCAGGUCUCUUCCUCUCCAGCCGCCUCCCUCCACCUCCCCACCCCGCCGCCCUGCUUCUUCACCCCAUCUCUCUCCUAGGGAUCCGCGCACUGACCUCUCCCUACCUCUCCUCUUUCCUGCUGAAAUCACCAUUCUGCAGCUGUAAAUCCGAGCACUACUUACCCAUCCUAAUUCUUCCAGUCAUUCCACACAAACUUCUGGAGCCCUUCCUUUUCCCUGAGCGCUCUUCCAGGCCCGCAGGACCCGCGCGCGGUGCCACACCGCCCCUGCCGCGGGAGCUUGCAGCCUAGUGGGACCACAAGCAAUGAGAGACGGAGUUGCAGAGAAGAGUGAGCCAGCCGCCAGGAGCCUGUAUCAUGGAUGCCCUUUCUGAAGCAAAUGGCACCUUUGCCUUUCACCUUUUAAAGAUGCUGUGUCAGGACAGCCCUUCACGCAACGUGUUUUAUUCUCCUGUGAGCAUCUCUUCUGCCCUGGCCAUGGUCUUCCUGGGGGCAAAAGGAAACACUGCUGCCCAGAUGGCCCAGGUGCUUUCUUUAAACACAGAGAAAGAUAUUCAUCAGAGUUUCCAGUUACUUCUUACUGAAGUGAACAAACCUGGCACCCAGUACUUGCUCAGAACAGCCAACAGGCUCUUUGGAGAAAAGACGUGUGAAUUCCUCUCAACCUUUAAGGAAUCCUGUCUUCAGUUCUACCAUGCUGAACUCGAGCAGCUUUCCUUUGCCAAAGCUGCAGAGCAGUCCAGGAAACACAUCAACACUUGGGUCUCAAAAAAGACUGAAGGUAAAAUUCAAGACCUGUUGCCGGAUAGCUCGAUUGAUGCACAGACCAGGCUGGUUCUUGUCAAUGCCAUCUACUUCAAAGGAAGGUGGAAUGAACAGUUCAACAAAAUGUACACAAGUGAAAUGCCUUUUAAAAUAAACCAGAAGGAGCAGAGGCCAGUGCAGAUGAUGUUUCAGGAAGCUACAUUUAAGCUUGCCUAUAUUGAAGAGGUGCAGGCCCAGGUCCUGGAGGUGCCCUAUGUGGGUGAGGAGCUGAGCAUGCUCAUUCUGCUCCCGGAUGACAACGUGGAUUUAAGUUCGGUGGAAAAACAUCUCACUUAUGAGAAAUUUAGAGCCUGGACCAAGUCAGACUGUAUGAAGAGUACCGAAGUGGAAGUUUUCCUUCCAAGAUUUAAACUGGAAGAGGAUUAUGACAUGGAAUCUGUGCUUCAGCGUUUGGGAAUGGUUGAUGCCUUCCAGGGGGACAAGGCUGACUUGUCAGCAAUGUCAGCUGAGAGAGAUCUGUGUCUGUCCAAGUUUGUGCACAGGAGUGUCGUGGAGGUGAAUGAGGAAGGCACAGAGGCCGCGGCUGCCUCAGCCGUAGUGGUCGUGGAGUGUUGCAUGGUAUCUGGACCAAGGUUCUGUGCUGACCAUCCCUUCCUUUUCUUCAUUAGGCACAAUGCAGCCAACAGCAUUCUGUUCUGCGGCAGGUUUUCUGCUCCCUAAGGGUGAGCGUUUCCUGUGUCCUCCUGUCUUGUACCACAGCCCUGUGAACAUGGGUCUUUAAAGCCAAGUGCCUAGGUGAUGAGGGCAGAUUCCUCAUCCAUCUGAAUCUCAUGCUUGUCCACACUCAGCUCUCUCCAUACUGACCACUCAUUUGCCCUACUUAGUCGAGAUCAUGGGACAAUAGAACUUAAUGAUUCCCUGUUGUAUUUAAAAUGUAGUCCAAAUCCCAUAGGAUGGCAUACAAAAUUUUCCUAGAUGGCUCCAGACUUCUUCCCCACUCAUUCCACAUGUAACUCAGUUACACCAUGUUCUGCCUUGUACCUCAAAACUUGUUGCAUACUUGUCUUAGCCUAUUUCAGUAGUAGUACAUGCUUCUAGCUAAGACAACUGUUUUAUAGUUUUCCUGGUACAUGUGCUUCUUAGAGUUUCUUUAAUGCACAUUUUUAUUUUAUCUUUGACAUUCAUGCAUCAUCAAGUAUGUGGAAAACAGGGCAUCAGGCAUUGGAGACAAAGGGGCAGAGUCAUGGUCUUUUGACAUCUGGUCUUUAAUACUCAUGCUGGAAUGAUGUAGCUUUUAUGACAGCCAGAUUGGACUAGGUAAUGUCCUUAAAUGUAUCAUGUGACCCCCUUGUAGGGAUCAGACAUUCUUCCUGUUAAUUAUAUUUCUCCACCUCCAACUCUAACAGUAAAAAUUUCAUUCAACUCUUAAAGCUCA